AAUGUUUCAUCCGGUUUUUAACCCGUCAUAACGCGUCAAAUCAUCUUCAGCGGAUCUGUCCGUUCUUCAUCCAGCGACCAUGAACUUUAUGCAUCUUAUUCCGCUGUCCUGUCUCGCUGUGGCGAGCGCUACAGGAGACUCUGGUGUGCCUGGCUCACAUAAAACAGUUACAUUCGAAGUUGGUGAUGACGCCAUUCUGCCAUGCCAACUGGAAACCCCAUUUGACAAGAAGACUCAAAAAGUGGAGUGGACUUGCAAAGACAAAGAUGUGCACCUCUAUCGAAAAGGGAGGGAUGACCUAACUUAUCAGAAUAAGCAUUUUAAUGGUAGAACAGCUCUCUUCUAUGAUGAAAUGGCCAAGGGAAAUAUUUCACUAAAACUGAGCCAAGUAAAUGAACAGGAUGAGGGAAAUUACACUUGCCGUGUCAUUUCAAGUCAGUACCCACAAUGCAACAUUCUCCUCAAUGUUGUAUUACACAAUAACAAUUUAACAGAAAACAAGAGUAACACAGAAGAACUGAAUAAACCUGAGCCAAAGCCAGAGCCAACAACGUUUUGGGAAGAGCACGGUCACAUAGUAUAUGUAGUCAUUGCUGUCAUUGGAGGAAUUGCCAUUGUCAUUGUCAUUGUUGGCUUUUCGAGACGUAAUAACAACGCAGCACCAAAUGAAGGUUACGAGCUAGUACCACUGAGGGACAGGAACAGAGAAAAUCAGAGAGAUUCUGACAUGGUGGCUCCAGAGGCAGAGGCAGAGGCAGAGGCAGAGGCAGAGCCACAGCCAGAGGCAGAGGCAGAGCCAGAGGUAGAAGCAGAGCCACAGCCAGAGGCAGAGGCAGAGCCACAGCCAGAGGCAGAGGCAGAGGCAGAGGCAGAAGCAGAGGUAGAAGCAGAGGCAGAGGCAGAGGCAGAGCCACAGCCAGAGCCAGAGGCAGAGGCAGAGCCAGAGGUAGAAGCAGAGCCAGAGGCAGAGCCAGAAGCACAGCCUGUGCCAGGGCCAAAUAAUGAUGAUGGUACGAGCGUCAGUCCAUACAAGAGAGGACACAACAGACAAAACAACCAAGGGGAAGAACCAGGACAAACCCAGGACAAUGAGUCUGAAGAACAUGGGAAACAACAGUGACACGACGACUUAUUAGUACGUAUUAGUAUAGCUUUUGGUUCUUUGACCCAGCUACCAAUCUCGAAACCCAUCGGCUAUCAGUGUGAAAACAAUAAGCUUCUGUUGCCCAAAGAUUCUGCAUACAUGUGCAGAUUUCAUUUUAUAGAGAUUACCCACUUACCUAAAAAAAUAACUGUUAUAUAUGUCUAUACAAAUAUUUUCUAUCAGGUGCCUCCAGUUAAAGACCCGGGUCAACGCUGCACAAUAUAUUGGUCCACUGUCAACACUGUGAUGUGUGCAUGCAUAACAGUCACAUCCCAGAAUGUGCAAUAUAAAGUAAAUUAAUUCACACACUUCAUGCUACGACUCUUUGCUGAUUGAUACAAGGGGAAAACUUGCAUGGUUCUCAUUUCCCCUUUAAGACAGGUUACGUGUUAGUCUCUAUAUACAGACUCUACAUACAGUGAAUGUAGAGUCUGUAGGCAAACCCUGGAGAUCUUGCCUCCGGAUGAAGAGCGGAAGAGCCCUGGUUUCCGGUUGUAGGCUGUUUGUAGUCCGCGUGAUAUUGAUCAAUCACGUUUGAGCCGGCAACAUUUGUUGCCAGGUUAAACAGUCCGUGCGGUGAACUAACGAGGCGGAACAUAAUUGGCGUCACUGCAAACUCUGAAUCCAUUGCAAUGGUUCAGCAUAUUUACUUAUAUAUAAACGGAAGUCGGAAACGGAAAUUCGCCUCCUCCGCCCAAAUCAAACCGGAAUGCCAAAAAAUUGGGGGUCUGCCCCCAGAGGCUGUAUCACUGUCUGCCAGAAGUCAGAGAAUGGUUACGUGUAUAUGUGAGGUAGUCUGGUGGCAUUUGUUACAAGAAAUAAUAUAUAUAUUAUAAGACUCUCUUGUGUGUGUGUGUAUAGUAAAGUGCUGUAACAGGGAAGGCAAGUGCCGCAGACACAGUGAAGCGCCUGCUUUCCAAAGCUACAGCAGUCACAAGAGAGUGACUUGAUAAUCUCAGGUUCCUGUGUAACGAUAGUAAAAAGAGUUGUGCUUUGCAUUCGCGGCACAAGAGAAAUAAAGCACCUGUUUGACACAACUUUAUCGCAACAUUUCCCGAUCAGUCUUCACUGCAGAAUUACAGGACUGUAAAAGCUAGUUACUAGCUACGAGACAGGCUAAAGCUAACUGAGUUAGCUUCAUGAAACCAGAGGUUUCCCUUCUACGGUUCGGAGCCACAAGGCCAGAAAAGUAUUGAUAACACUUACGUUAAAUUACAAGAGAAGUAAACAACUAAAAGCACGCCCUGGUAGCAGUCAACCACAACCUGAAAAUGAGCGCAGAACAGGAGGAGAGCAACAUAAGAGAGCCAUAUUAACAUUAUAUGAAUAUAAUAGUGUCAUGGUGAGUCAAUAAGUGCAUUAAACAACCUACUUUCACCCUCUAAAAUUAAUUCAGAAGAUGGUUAUGACUUGUUAAGGUUAUAUGCAGAUGCAAAUUAAUUAAUAAAUGAAUUCAUUAAUUAAAUGUAGGUAAGGGUGCUACAUCAUUCAUUUACUGUAUGAUGGAUGCAAUAUAGUGUAGCAGGUGUUUGACCUCAUGAUGGCACUGUUGACUGACGUAUGAAUACACACAGGUGCAUGUUAAAUCACAGUCACAGUGAUGUGAUGGGUGUCAGGUUUCAUAGAGAGUGGCACUGUCUUUGUUAUUAGAGGGUUUUGAUGACAGCAGCUCUGAGUGUGCACAAACCAUGUUGUCAUGACCCUAAACAUGUGAUUGUGAAUAGUGAUUAUAUGCUGACUGAUUUGGGUUUAAAAAGUGUCAUCUUAUGAGAGGUUACAGCAGGUUAUACCGUAUAUGUAACAUACAAAGGAUAAACAUGAAAUUUAAAAGAUAUUCUGAAAAGUUUAUGAACAAUAUAAUUUUAUUAUUUGGGAUCAUCUGCAUAACACAAUGUUAGGGUUAGAGUCAAAUAGUGCCAACUUUCCAUCCAGAAUUUCCAACACUGAGACAUAAAAAUAAUGUGCCAGAUACACUGUUAGGUGCUAAAAUCCCUGAUAUGGGAACAGCGAUUUUGUAAUAUUGUUGAUGAAAACACAGAUGCAGGCCGAAGUUUGUAAGUUUUUUACAUGUGUGGCUUUUGAUGCACUGGAUCAUCAUUUUAUAAAUCAUAUCAAGGAUAGAGUCUCAGGUCCUGUCCUUGACUGGAUUUAAUCUGUCCAGUGUCUUCUUAUACUGAUCGACCAGAGGAUUAAAAAUCUUUCAAAGACUCUCUACUUUAGGGCGGCAUUGUAACAGAAUUGCUGUGUGUGUAUAUAUAUAUAAUGUAUUGAUGCAUGUUUUUAUACUGUUACGACAUUGUUUUACCAUUUUACCACUAAAUGUGUGUUUUUAAUUUUUCUUGUGCUCCUCUCUUUUCAGCACUGUGCUGUCUAUAAAGUGUAUUAUUAUUAUUAUUAUUAUUUCUAUACAACAUUUUGAUUUGCUCAUACUUUUAUUCACAACUGAAAUCCCACAUGGACGUAGUUUGUUUUGUAAGCUGUGAAACACCUGGAGUCUCAUUUAUAAACACUUGCUGUGUCUCAAAUCGCGUACUUCUGUACUUACACUUAAUAUUUAGAGUGCAUAAGUGCGUUCACACUGAGAAGUAUGGAAAAAUGCAGUGCGCUAUGAAUACCCGGAUGGUGCACUC